CUUUACAAUAAAGAAAUACGAUGUACAUGAUGCGUACUGUCCUCUCAACACAACAAUACCACAGCAGGCUGCAGUCAUGGGUCCAGACACGGCGUCUGUCUCUAAAACAGAAUCUCCAGAGAAAAGUCCGGGACAAGUCGUUGUGGAGGUCACCACAGACUCAGAUUCCAAUGAUUCGUCCUCCGCCUCUGAGCCCGAGGACUCUAACUAUCCAGAGAAGUCUCACACUUGCUCCAUCUGCAGCAAGGCGUUUGACAGACCGUCAAAGCUAGAGAGGCAUAAACCUGUACACACGAGGAAGCCUAAGACUCUCCACCAGUGUGAGCAUUGUGAAAAGAGUUUCACACAAGAAGAGAAGCUUAUCCGACACCAGAGUUGCCACAGUCGGACUAACAAGCACCCCUGUCCCGACUGUGGGAAAGUGUUCAACAGGCCUUCAAAGUUAGAGAGACACAAGCGCACACACUCAAAGAAACCAAAGGUGCCUCAUCAGUGUUCUUACUGCAUGAAGACGUUCAGUAAACUUAACAAACUUGUCCGUCACAAGCGAAUGCACACCGGUGAGAGGCCUUACACCUGCUCGGUCUGCGGAAAAGGAUUUGCUGAGUCUGGUCACUGCAAAGCACAUGAAAAAACGCACGAGGAGCAGCCAGAAAAACCUCACUGCUGUGCAGACUGUGGGAUGUGUUUCUUCAAGGCCUCAGAGCUCCGUCGACACUUCCGCUCACACACAGGAGAGAAACCUUUUAGAUGCACCUUGUGUGAGAGCUGCUUCUCGCGCUCAGAAGGCCUCAAAAGACACAUGAGGAGUCACACAGGAGAAAGACCAUACAAAUGCAUUAUCUGCGCGAAGGGAUUUUAUUCUCGUCAGGAUUUAAAUAUUCACGGCUUGACCCACUCUGGAGAGAAACCUCAUCUUUGCCCCGUGUGUGGUAAAGGCUUCUCGCAGCUGGGCAACAUGAAAGAACAUGAACAAAAUGUUCAUAUUAAGUCAGAGAAAUAUAUUUGCAAUGAGUGUGGGGCAACCUUUACAAGGUACAAGUCACUGACGAAACAUCAGCGGACACACACAGGAGAAAGACCCUAUCUGUGCCUCACCUGUGGUCGCAGGUUUUCGUGGAGCCAUUCUCUCAGCAGGCACCGGAGGACGCACACACACAUACAGAUGUCUAUGGAGACGACCAAAGACACAUUAAGUUUUGAAGGACCCUCUGAGAAUCCUAGCAGUUGAACAUUGAAAUGAAAUCUGUAUAAAAGGACAUUUCAUUUUUCAAGUUAUCAUAAGCUCAAAUGUACUAAGUUGUAGGGAUUACCCCCCAAGGAGGUUAUGCUUGUUGAAGUUGUUCUCUUCUUGCUGCUUGUGUGUUUGACCGCAGGAUUACAGAAAAUGUAUUGGCCGGUAGUCCAUGAGACUUGGUGGAAGGAUGUAGCAAGGACCAAGGAGGUAACCUGGGGUAGAUCUGAAUCUAUCAGAGGGAUACAUUUAUGAUGUUCCACUUUGCAACAUUGUGACAUAGCAAAUAUUUGGGUAAAAAGGGGAAACACCUUAGAGCCCAGCUACAGUAUUCAUGUGAAUAGCUCCUUCAGUCAGAAUAACAAAUGCAAAACAGCUUUUGUGAUGUUUAAGCACACUAAGCAAUACAAUACAACACAUCUUUGUAUCUUCCAUGUUGUUUCCACAUUUCCACUAGUAAACAUUUGUAGUUAUAAAGAUCUAAUUUUGAAACUAUGGUACGAUUCACCUCACAGCUUGCUUUGCUAUUACAACAUAUAAGUCAGAAAUUCUCAGUACAAGGCUCCAAAGGAGAUUUUUUUCCCCCCAAUAUUCUUCGAAUCUAAGCUGUGUUCAGUUAUUUUUAUGAAUUUAGAGGACGUUGGUAAUUAAGUACAAUGCUCUAUGUAGCGAUUCUCUGCUUACAUCUUUACUUAUGAAACAUUUAGACCUGCCUUUAGAUAGUGUGUAAAAAUAUCUCAUCGUAUAAUGAAUUCAUGUUUCUUACUAACCAACAGAUAUGUCACAACCGAAGUAGAGAUGCCCUCAAUAAGACCUGAAACUCUUUUUGACUUACAACCAAACUAAUACAUGUUACAGAAUGUACCAAUUAUCUACAACUCUUUGAUUAAUGGAAAAGUGAAAAAAUUGUAAAAUGUUUGCUUUCCAAUACAGGUCAACAUAAACUAAUGUGAUCCGCUACCGUACUGAGGGCACACUUGAACAUUAACCAGCACCAAGAUGUGUGCAUGGGUUCAGUAUUACCAUUAACUCUGUUGUUUUCCAUUUGUACUUUCUUUUUAAUAACAAAAAAUGCCAAAAAUAA